AUGGCUGCCAACGACGAACCGGAGAGCGAGAUCCACAAGCCGCAGCACGAUCAGCCUCACCGCAGUUGUGCGGUGACAGUUUGGCGCAUCUUCGGUGUGUUGGCUGCCUUGUAUGUCUUUUUGUUUGGAUUGGACUUGAUGGGCGUGUCCUUCAAGGCAUUGGGAGGCAAAGGCGCUGGGAAAUUAUUCGCGAUCACUGAAAACCCUAUCUCAGGUCUUAUGGUGGGUAUUCUGGCGACAGUAUUGGUGCAGUCCUCGUCAACCAGCACAUCGAUUGUAGUUGGCUUGGUCGCUGCGGGGCAGCUCGCUGUCCACAACGCAAUCCCGAUUGUUAUGGGGGCGAAUAUUGGCACAUCCGUGACGAACACAAUUGUCUCCAUGGCACAUGUUGGCGAGCGCAAGGAGCUGGAACGAGCGUUCUCCGGUGCCACUGUGCAUGACAUGUUCAACAUGCUUAGCGUCAUCGUCCUGCUUCCCGUGGAGGUCGUGGUGGGCGCCAUCCAGGGUGACGGCGGUCCCAUCUACUGGCUAUCCAUGACCAUGGCAGAUGCUAUCGUCAGCAAGUCGGAGGUGACCUUUCCGUCCCCGAUCAAGGCCAUUGUCGACCCCAUCGUGGAUCACUUCUUGGAUCCAGAUAAAGCCGUGAUUAAGGCAAUGUCACUCGGGCCCCCUCCUGCAGUCGCUGGCGAUACCUUGGGCUGCGGGGGUGACUGCUCGACGUCCUUUUGCGUCAGCAAAGCUAUGCAUGCGGCAUGGGCCAAAGUUGACGAGGCUGGUCUUCUCGCCUUGCCGGCCUGUCCUCAGGAGCUCUGUGGAGAGGGUUCCGAGUGUUUGCAGAAUGCGGCCAGUUUCUAUGCGGAGUACAUUGAGGGCGGCGAGAUCAUUGCUUCAGGCUUUCUCAAGCCAUUGGGCGAUGUGGCGGGUGGUGCCGUGGCGUUGGUCUGUUCGCUGCUGGCCAUCUGCUUCUCACUCUUCUGCCUGGUGAAGCUUCUGCACGCCUUGAUGAUCGGCAAGGCGAAAGUCAUGAUCCUUCGGGCGACCUCGAUGAAUGACUACCUUGCCAUGGGCGUCGGGGGAAUCCUCACCUUCGUCGUCCAGAGCUCCUCCGUGGUUACUUCCGCACUGACGCCUCUUUGCGGCUUGGGCCUCAUGACUGUGGAGAAGAUGCUGCCGGUUACCCUUGGUGCCAACAUUGGCACCACCUUCACGGCCCUUCUUGCAGCACUGGCAGAGCUGAAACACGACGGCUUGCAAAUUGCGUUCUGUCAUCUAGCUUUCAACAUCUUUGGCAUUCUAGUUUGGUUCCCCAUCCCAGCAAUGCGCGGUGUCGUGGUGGGUGCUGCAAAGCUGCUGGGCUUCUAUGCCUCCUACUGGCGGAUGGUGCCGCUGCUUUACAUCUUAAUCAUGUUCCUCGUUGUGCCAGGCGUAGCCCUGGGGAUCUCGCUGCUUUUCGGCGUGUCCUUGGCAGCCGGCAUCACUGCCCUUGCCGUGGCAGUCGUCAGCCUGACCGCUCUGUUGAUCUGGUGGAACAUGGGCGGCUGCUACCGUGUUGUUUCUCGCGCUGAAAGAGAGCUGCGAGAGGCGGAGCUGAGGGCAGCACGGAAGGCACAGGCCGAGGUUGACCCAGAAGAAGUACUGGAUCCUGUCGCCUUGUGA